UCCAUUUCAAUGAUAAAGCCAGUCAACAAGUAACUUGAGAGGUUUUGUUUGAUUGCUUAUUAACACAUUUAUUUAAACAAACACUCGCUAUCACUUAUCUUUCCGAGAUAAUUCUUCAUCCCGUCUCGCUUAGUUACCAUGUACACCAUCGCAGUGAUCGGAGCUGGGGUAAUCGGCCUCCCAGCCGCCCUGGCCAUUCAGAAAGAAUUCGGCCCGAAAGCUAAGGUCACCAUUUUCACCGAUAAAUUAAGCCCCGAUACAACGGGCGACGUCGCCGCAGGAUUAUGGUCCCCGCAUAUCCUGCAAAACACGCCGCAGGAGAAAGUCCUGCAGUGGGCGAAGGGCACCUAUGAUUACGUCCUGGGUCUGUGGAAGCGGGGUGAGGCCAAAGCCGCUGGGGUUUGUCUCCAGGCCGUGGUGCAUCUGUCCGACGAAAAAGACUUCGCGAUUCCCGAUUGGGUGAAAAGUUCGUUGGGGUACAGCGAAAUGGGUACUAACCAGGUGAAAGAGUACAGCGACAAGUACGCGAAGAAGUUCACCGGAGGGUACACCUUUGUGUCCUUGACAUGGGAGGCGUCGAAGUUCUUACCAUAUUUGGAAAAACAGUUUGUGGCGAAUGGGGGCGAAGUGAGGGUUAAAAAGGUACAAAGUUUUGAAGAUGUGGCUCAGUUUGACGUGGUGGUUAAUUGUACGGGUUUGAACUCGAGGUAUUUGGUACCGGAUGGGUUGGUACGACCCGUGAGGGGUCAAGUUGCGAGGGUUCAGGCUCCUUGGCAGUUUCAUUGUUUCGGGGUGGAUGACGACGGGGAGAAUCACUACGUAAUUCCUAAUCAGGAGUGUGUGAUUUUGGGUGGUACCCACCAAGAGGAUGAUUACAGUACCGUGGUGUCUGACGUCGACAAGAAAUUCAUUUUUGAUGGGUGUGUCAAGUAUAUUCCGUCUUUGAAACACGCUCCAGUUUGGAAACACCAAGCUGGUUUGAGACCAAGUCGCGACCAAGUUCGUUUGGAGGUGGAACGGAGGAAUAUCGGAGGGAAAGAAGUGAAAAUUGUCCAUAAUUAUGGGCAUGGGGGGAGCGGCGUGACGUUAUCCAUCGGGUGCGCGGAAGAAGCUGCCCAGUUGGUUAAAGAAGCUCUGAAAUUGUUUAGUAAGCUCUAACUUGUAGCGUGUUGAAUAAAAAAAUGUUAUUGGU